AUGGUUGUUACAUUAAAGGAUUUGACACUACAACAAUGUAGUCAGUUGGGUCAUGGCCACGAGACUUAUGGUGAUCCUAAAAUACUCAAAUGUGGAUUCACUCAUGUAGAAGCAAGAAUACUUGGCUCUCUUGGUUACUAUAAGGUUACAAUUUCAAUAAGGAAAGGAAGGGUAGUAACAGAUUGUACAUGUCCAAUGGGAGGUGGCUGUAAGCACGUUCGAGAAACUGCCAUUGAAAUGUAUUACAAACUUCGUACAAUGAAUGCAGCAAGACUGACACCCAAGAGGCUAUAUAAGGAAUCUCUUUUAAAGAAAUCACGUGAAGAACUUAUAGAUUUAUUAAUGGAUAAAUGGAGUGAAGAAAAUGAUGAUGAUGAUGAUGAUGAUAAUGAAGAUGAAGAAGAAGAAGAGGAUAGUAUAGAGGACUAUGAAUAUUAUCAUGAUUCCAAUGAAGACGAUGAAGAAGAAGAAGAAGAUGACGACGAUACAAGUAAUGAAGACGACGAUGAAGAAGAAGAAGACGAUGAUGAUGAUGAUGAAGAGGAAGAAGAGCCACAUACAAAAAAAAGACAAAGAUAUUAA